AAUUUCAGCGCAGCGGCAGCAGUCGGGUUUCUCUCCGGGAGAUCAGGUUCAGAAAAGCGACUACUGCGCCUCUCCCUCCUCUCCCCCCUCCUCCUCCUCCAACAUCACUGUUCUCUUCGGAUCCUCAGUGACGACUUUGACGGGAAGUUUUCUUCCGUGGCAGCGCCUGGGCCAAACCGUGCGCCGUGGACCAACCGUGCGCCGUGCGCCUGGACACACGGGAGGAUGGAGAGCCGUUAGGAGAAAUAUAAGAGAAGAGGGAAAAGAAAGCGGACAACGGAACGUAAGGAAUAAAACUGUUUGAAACAAAGGACGACGUCCACGGUGCUGGUGGAUGCGUACCCAGACGGAGAAUACCAGCGGGAGGUAGAGGAUCUGUCAAAGAGCGACUGUGUGCGGUGCGGACCGCUGUCAGCGGAAGGAGCCUGGGGUGCAACAGUGGAAACUCUUCCUUGAGAGCGUUUCUCCUCUGGAUGAUAUGGCUGAAAUGCUGAAUCCGCCCGGUCUGCUGACUAUGCCCCGGAGCCCCACCUCCAGUGAGGAUGAGAUGGCCCAGAGCUUUUCUGACUAUUCAGACGAUUGUGCCUCCGACAGCUCCCGCGAAGAGACCAUCUACGAGACUAUAAGGGCUACUGCGGAGCCAUUGCAGAACCGCAUGGACGACAUUCACAUAAACUCAUUGGUCAUCCGUGUUGUCAUCCCUGACCUACAGCAGACAAAAUGCAUGCGCUUCAACCCAGAUGCAACUGUCUGGGUUGCCAAGCAGCGGAUCCUGUGUACACUCAACCAGAGCCUGAAGGAUGUGCUCAAUUAUGGGCUUUUCCAGCCAGCUAGCAACGGGAGGGACGGCAAGUUCCUGGAUGAGGAACGCAUCCUCCGAGAGUACCCUCAGCCAAUCAGCAAGGGGGUCCCAUCUUUGGAGUUCCGCUACAAGAGCAGAGUCUACAGACAACCCAAUGUGGAUGAGAAACAGAUUGCCAAACUUCAUACAAAGGCCAAUCUGAGGAAGUUCAUGGACCUUAUCCAACAUAAUCAAGCGGACAAAGUGUUGAAGAUGUUGGAGAGAGGGUUGGAUCCCAACUACCAUGACAGUGAGAGUGGUGAGAGUCCAUUAACAUUUGCAGCCCAUCUGGACAAUGUCACAGAGCUGAUUAAGGUGCUGAAGAAUGGAGGAGCUCAUUUGGACUUCAGAGCCAAAGACGGCAUGACGGCCCUCCACAAAGCUGCCAGGUCCAAGAACCAGGUCACGCUCACGACGCUGCUGGAGCUAGGAGCCUCUCCAGACUACAAGGACAGCCGUGGUCUGACUCCUCUGUAUCACAGUGUGGUGGUGGGAGGAGACCCAGGCUGCUGUGAGCUCCUGCUAAACAACCAUGCCACCGUCUGCUGCCAGGAUGAGAACGGCUGGCAUGAGGUCCACCAGGCUUGCCGUCACGGCCACGUGCAGCACCUGGAGCAUCUGCUCUUUUAUGGAGCAGACAUGAGUGCCCAGAAUGCCUCGGGAAACACCGCUCUACACAUCUGUGCCCUAUACAACCAGGAUAACUGUGCCAGAGUGCUGCUUGUUCGCGGAGCUGAUAAAGAAGUGAAGAACUACAACAGCCAGAGUCCAUUUCAGGUCGCUAUUAUCGCUGGGAACUUUGAGCUUGCUGAACUUAUUAAAAACCACAAAGAGACCGACAUUGUGCCUUUUCGUGAGGCUCCAGCCUACUCCAAACGCCGCCGGGGUCCGUCAUCUGGCAACGGCACUGGAAACAGCCAGUCCCCCUCUUCGUUAUCAGCGCCACGGGUCCUCCUGCGCUCCAACAGUGACAACAACCUAACAGUCAGUCAGUACCAGCAACAGCAGCACGGUUCUCCUGGCAACUGGGGCCCCCAUCACCAACACGCCCAGUCCCACGCACUCAGGGGCCCCCAGCAGGGUCACUCGCAGCCUGGCUCCUCAGCAUUACAUCGCAGCCUGUCACCUCAGCUGCUCCAGCAGAUGCCCAGCGGCAGUCCCAAUGGCAACGUGGUGGUCCGGACCAUGGGGAGGGGGGCACGGAGCCGGUCACCCUCCCUCAGCCGGCUGGGGGAAGAGGCUCGACGGGGUGUCUCUGCACAGCGUCAGCCCAGUCCCAGCAGUCAUGGGGAGGCAGUAGGCCCCAGAAGAAAGCUGUACAGCGCUGUUCCAGGAAGACAUUUUGUGGUGGUUCGCCCUUACACCGCCCAGGCCGAGGGAGAGAUCAACCUCUACAAGGGGGACAGAGUCAAAGUUUUGAGCAUCGGAGAGGGGGGAUUCUGGGAGGGUAGCGCCCGUGGCCAGGUGGGCUGGUUUCCAGCAGACUGUGUGGAGGAGAUCCCAGCCAAGGCCACCGAGGAGAGGAGCUAUUCCCGAGCCGACCGCGCUGACAGACGGAAGCUUUUCAGACAUUACACUGUGGGCUCCUACGACAGCUUCGAUGCCUCCAGUGACUGCGUGGUGGACGAGAAGACGGUGGUCCUCCAGAAGAAGGAGAAUGAGGGCUUUGGCUUUGUACUACGCGGGGCUAAAGCGGAUACACCCAUUGAGGAGUUUACACCCACACCUGCCUUCCCAGCCCUACAGUAUUUGGAAUCGGUGGAUGAAGGAGGGGUGGCAUGGCAGGCAGGCCUCAGGACAGGGGACUUCCUCAUCGAGGUAAACCAGGAGAACGUGGUGAAGGUCGGCCACAGACAGGUGGUCAACAUGAUCCGUCAGGGAGGAAACCGGCUCCUGAUCAAGGUGGUGACGGUGAGCCGGAAUCUGGACCCUGAGGACACGGCACGCAAAAAAGCUCCUCCUCCACCAAAGAGAGCACCUACCACAGCCCUGUCUAUGCGCUCCAAGUCCAUGACCUCAGAACUGGAAGAACUCGUGGAUAAAGCCACUCUAAGGAAAAAGAAAGGUGACAAAGUUGAAGAGAUGACACACGCCCAGAAGACGUCACCAGUUGAUAUGAAGAUCGCCACGAUCAAACCACGCCCUUCUAGUCGCUGCUUGGUGACGGCUGCUGAUAUGAAUUCCUUGUAUCAUGAUCGCCAGGGAGUAGCAGUGGUGCCACCCACUGUGCCAGGGGCCUUCUUAGGGAUACCUGAGAAGGGCACACUGAAAAAACAAAAGUCUAUAGGUACAACAGAAGAUGAGAAACAGGGAUUCCUCACACCGCCUCUGCUCAAGUUUUCCCGCAGCCUCUCUAUGCCUGACACCUCAGAGGACAUCCCGCCUCCCCCAGCCAUUUCACCCCCAUCGCCGCCUGCCUACAACUCAGCUGCUGGCCCUACAACAAAGAACUAUGGUACCACAAGGCCAAGUUUCACCCAGAACUCACCCGCUAAUGCAGUGACCACCAUUAGCAGAGAUGUUGGUACAUUAAGGCGUGGUUACUUCCGCCAAAGCUCAGAGCAAUUUGAGAGCACACGCACUCGAGGGCGCACACCAGUGCCUGAGAACCCUUACUCUGAGGUUGGUAAUAAGACACUGUACGUGCCAGCAAAACCAGCUCGAAGGAAGGGCAUGCUAGUAAAGCAGUCCAAUGUUGAGGACAGUCCAGAAAAAACCUGUCACAUGCCAGCAAGCCCCUCAGGCCCAGUUUCCAUGCCUACUACACCUGUAGAGCGAACAUGCUCCUCCAUUCCCAUCCCCACCAUCAUUGUCAAGGAGCCCUCCACCAGCAGCAGUGGCAAGAGCAGCCAGGGUAGCAGUAUGGAGAUUGAGCCCACUACCCCUGAACACCCACCUCUAACGCCUACCAUUGGUGGAAGUGGGGGUUUGCGUCCGGAUGAUCCUCUGUCUCUAAGUAACCCCUUCGCGGCAGCUAUUGCUGGGGCAGUGCGAGACAGAGAGAAGAGGUUAGAGGCAAAAAAGAACUCCAUUGCCUUCCAGUCCAUAGACAUAGGUGAUGAUGACUUAACCGGUCCCAUGCCAACCCCUCGCCUUCGCCACUCUAAGUCCAUAGAUGAAGGCAUGUUCAGUAGUGAUGAGAGACUUCGAAGGAUAAUGGCUCCACCUUCUACCGUGCAGCUUGGGCCUCCUGUUGGAGGUGGUAGUGGCAACAUGACUGAUUUCAACACUCCAGAGCCCACAGUGGUCAGGGAACCCCUAAACACAAGAACAGGCCAGUGCCCUAAUCUGGACAGUCCAGUUAGUCUCCCAUCCACUCCCCCUAAGACCCACUAUAGGGCCAAUGGGACCUACCUCCAUCCUGUCACUGGCAAGCCCUUAGACCCUAAUUCACCACUUGCUCUGGCCCUGGCAGCCCGUGACAGAGCCAUGAAGGAGCAACAAAACCAUCCUCAGAAUCAGCCACAAAAUCCUCCUCAGGUUCAACAAACCCCCAAGCAUGAAGCCCAGUCGCUUCCCAUUCAACCAAGCCACAAACCAGACCUCAACCAACCGCUGUUCAUUGACACCAAACUACGUUCUGGGAUUGAAACAAGUUUUGCCGCAAUCUCCACAGCGACCAUGGGACGGCCUGGUCGAGGUGGCUUGAGAAGACAGAUGACUGAGCAAAAGUAUGAGUCUGAUACUGUAAGGGAAGAGCGGCAGCACCAGGCAGUGGAGGAAAGGAAGAGUGCACCAGCAGAUGUGGCAGACUCAUCACAGCCCAAGUCAGCUGGACUACUAAUGGUUCACACCACCACAGAAGCAAGUAACAAGGCCAAUGCCCAAGAUGUGGAUGGACAGGAUAGCAACAGACCAUCUGAACUGAAAGACCCCAACCAACCUGAUCUUCAUAAUGCUCCAGUACCACUCUCUAACCAACAGCUUCCCUCAUCUCGGAGAAGAAGUGUUCCUUUAGGUGAAUCCAUGGAUGAACCAGUUAAGUUGCCCUUCCGCAUCCCCCCUCCUCCACUGGCCUCAGUUGACAUUGACGAGGACUUUGAGUUCUCAGAACCUCUACCCCCACCUUUGGAGUUUGCCAACAGUAUUGACAUCCCUGAUGACCAGGCUAGUGCCAUUGCAGAGAUGCUUCAGCAGCAGAGACGGAAUGGAGGACCUCCUCUUCCACCUUAUCACCCCCAUGCACCACCUCCUGUCACUGAUCAACACAAACGAAUGGCAAACAGCAUGCCCCCCUCAUAUCCUCCUCCUCCACCUGACCCAGAAUCAGGGGUUGGUGACUCGGGUAUUGAGGAGGUGGACAGCCGCAGCAGUGGGGACCCUCAGCACAUGGAGACCACCAGCACCGUUUCUAGCAUCUCCACCCUGUCAUCAGAGGGAGGUUUCUGUGAUAGUGCUCUGGAGAGCCUUUAUGCCACCGCAGAUGGACAUGCCUUCCUGGUUGAUCGACCUCCUGUGCCGCCAAAACCCAAAGGCAAGUCUGUCAUCAACAGAACAUCACUUUAUCAUGACACCCUCAUUGAAGAGCCCCCGGAGUCAUAUGGGUCACCACCUCAGGCCCCUCCCCCUUCAUCCUCUGAACCUCCUAGGACUCCUACUCAAAGGACAUCCAAGCUGUGGGGCGAUCAGCCCCCGGAGUUGCGUAGCCCCCCAUCUACACCGGACACCAAGAAUACCGUAAUCACAGAGCUGAGUUCCAUUCUGCAGCAUAUGAAUCGUGACAGACCGCCCAAGCCAGGAGAAAGCCUCGACUCUCCCACAGGGACUAGGGGGGCCUUCGGAACAAGGCCUCCUACUGAAGACUCAGGAAUGCGUACCAACGCUGCUGCUGCUGCUGCCCUCACCUCCACCCCUCCCAGCAGCCUCCCCUCCCAGCCACACCCCUGCAGCCCUCCAGACUCCGCCUCAUCCCUCACCCCCUGCUCCUCGCUGCCGCCCUCCGUGUCGCCCACCCUCACCGAUGUCUUCGGCCUUCCCACCCCACCCAUGGGCAGCGGCGGCGGCUACAGCUUGAGCUCCUCGUGCGGCGGUUCCGGCAGCUCUCGGUCUCCGUCUCCGCUCACACUGAUGCAGGCAGUGGCGGCCUCGGGUAAGCCCUUCGCCUCCAAACCCAUGGAGCUGUGGAGCAAGCACGAUGUGGCGGACUGGCUGGAAAGCCUCAACCUGGGGGAGCACAGAGACGCUUUCCUGGACAAUGAGAUCGAGGGCGCUCACCUGCCCUCGCUGCAAAAAGAGGACCUGAUAGACCUGGGUGUGACCAGGGUGGGCCACCGCAUGAACAUUGAGAGGGCCCUCAAGCUGCUGCAGGACAGAUAAGCCCCUGAGAAGAUGGGCUGGUGACCAGCGGAACGAGGGCUGAGGAGAGGGGGAAGGUGUUACCGAUCACUUUGACCGAUCUCUUCAUCAGACAUAAUCUCCGAUCAUGGAACUGGGUAGAAGUUUUGUCCAAGCUGAUGCUGCCUCUUGCUGUUUUUGUCCUCUCUCAUCCUCUGUCGUCGCCCUCAUCUCAGUGCUCCGGUCUUGUCUGCCCUCUUCCUCCUGCCCACUGUCCUGUGCAUCAGAGGAUUAUGGGAUAUCAGGAGUAACUGCAGGGGGAGACAGAAGUGAAUAGCUGCUAUGUCACAUCAAGGAGAGAUAAAGCAGAGGUGUCUAGUAUGAAGGACUGUCCAGGACUCAAACUGGGAUCCUCAAACACUGGACAAACCCUCGUCUGGAAGUUUCUUUCACAUAAAGACUUGUGCUCACCCAACUGCUUUGGAAUACUAAAGACUUUUUCCAUACACCCUGACAUGGGUGCAUGAAAAACCAGCUGAGCUGGUCGUUGCUCCUUUUCUAUCUUUGCUAGAGUUUGUUCAGAGAAUAAUAUUUCUUCACUAGAGUCCUACCGGAGUUAUAUUUCUGGGUGCAUCUAAGGUUGUAGAGAAAAAUUUGAAAUAGACUCCAUUUUUUGCUUUUCACCUGUUUUUGUCAAAAUGAGAACAUUAGCUGACAUGUUGAAACAGAUACUAUACCAUAUCUUGUGUACACACACACACACACACACACACACACACACACACACACCCCCCUUAAAUACACAGUGCCACCUACUGACACAUACACCACUGUCUUCACAUGUAGACACACACAACCUAAAGCAUGUGCACACACACUGUUUUCUGCGACGGCCUUCUUCUCCUGACAGAACAGAGCAUGGUGAGCGGUGGUCACCAGAGGAGGUGCUCUGCUGCAGUGGGGGCCCCAGAGGCCACAGCAUCAGUGGAGGAAAACCAAGACGAGGACAAGCAAUGCAACUCUCAGAUGGACAGACAAAUGUUGGACCAGAAAAAAAUACCCUACUUGUCUGGCUGCACAGUGCAUCCUUGUCCUGUCCUGGCUUUUCCUUGUAGAUGUGCAUGUAUGUAUGUGUGUGUGUGUGUGUGUGUGUGUGUGUGUCUCUGUGUGUGUGUGCGUGUGUGUGUGUGUGUGUGGGUGUGUGUGUGUGUGUGUGUGUGUGUGUAUGUUCAUGGUUGACCCAAAAUUUCAUCAAGGCCAGAUUAGCUAUUUCCAUGAAUCCGCUAUAUAGGCCACACUAUAGGGAAACUGGAGCUGUUCUUUCCUUCUGUACCUUCUUUUUCAUUCUGUCAGACCUUCUUCCACCUCACCAUUAGCAGGUCAACGCUAUUCAUUUGGCCCUAUAGUAACGCUAAUGUAUGAGACACCGUACUGUAUGUGGAAGUUAUUUUUAGAGAAGGCAUUGUAAGAAGUGGUCAUGGUCCAGAUUUAAUAGCAUUUUAUCUCAUUUUGUAUGACUGAUUGGCUUAUAAAAUCAGAAUCAUGUUGGAUCUCUUGUUAAAAUGUGUAAAUAUCUUAAAUAAUUAUUUAAUAACUCAAAAUGGACAAUUGGAUUUAAAGAAUAUAACAGAAACUCUAGAAAAUUCAUAGAUUUUUUACUUCGAUAAUUAACAUAUUGAGACUUUUGUAUUUUACUAUUUAAAGAGAGAGGAUGUAAAAGGUUAAGUUAAAGAUUUUAAGGACUUGAGUUCUUGAAUUAAAAUCCAACAGCAUCCAAAACUGAACCAGCUACCACCAUGGAAACUUAGACAAGUAUGUAGUAGAAGGAUUCAGUAGAUUGUAAAGCAGAGUCAAAGUGAAGUACUGUGGAAGACAGAGCCUUCAGAAAUGCUUUGUUUGUGUGAAGAAGGCUGAGGAUGCCACUGGCAGCCCUUCCACAGUUUAUCUAUGAAGACAAACCAGAUCUUUUCUUGUAAAUGUUCUUAUACAGCAGGUUGAUGUUUUGUGAGCGAUGUCGGACAGAUGGCCUGAACUGAUCUGCAUUCAGAGCAGAUGGAAAAUCAGUGGCUUUAAAAAGUUAACCUGGCUUUUCCUCCUCUGUCCGCUGUGCUGAAAACAAGAGAGAAUUACCAUCUUUGUGACCCGUGUGUGAGAUUAGACAGAAACUUUCUCUGACGUGAAUGAAGAGUUAGCUUUCUAACUGGUGAGGACUAAGCUUUUUUAAGUCCCAGAUUAAUAUCAUCUCGCUGCAGCUCUAGCGGUAGAGAGGCUUUAUCCUAACGGUCCAAUGUAAAGGUAUAAUUUGUAAUAUUUCUAUUUUAAAGCACUCAACAAAUGAACUGUAAUUAUCAUCAGAAUGGGAGGAUGGAACAUUUUCAGGUUGUGUUAAAGAUAUGCAGAGUUAAGAUGCAAACCAGUUACCUCCGCACUGUCCUCCUAGGGGGAGUAGUGAGUCACUGUAGCAUCUAGUCUGCCCAUCCAUGACAACAACAAAGAGAGAAAAAAAUCACGCUGCUCUUUGGGUUGGUGUCAUGAAUGUAUUAAAACAAAUACUGGGGGCGCUAAUGAGUUAUCGCAAUUAGCAUCUCAGUUUAACACAUUAGAUCUUGAUAAAGAAGCACAAAAUACACACACAGACACAUUUACCUUCUUAAAGGAUGGAAUGUGUCUGUUGUAACCUUCUAAAAGGUGCUGAUAUACUGCUAAAAUCUAAGCUAAGUGACACGUAUUGCUGUCUUCAAAGCUACCAGAUUCACCUG